UCGUUAUCGUCAGUGUGACGUGCGACCAGUCGAUCAGUCUCGUCGCUCGUGUCGCUCGGUGCGCGUGUACUCGAGGUUGAACCUUGCAAAGCGACGUUCGAACGAGAUAGAGUUCGAUGUGAAAAAUCGACGUGUUGCCGCGCAACGAUCCUGCCUAUAGUGGCCGCGAGGAUAUCGAGAUCGACGACAUAACGACGGUUACACGAGCGGAUGCAUGCGAGAGAUACUCCACGAGGACAGGCGACGAGGAGGCGGAAUCGCAGCGAGUCAUCAUCGCCGCCGAUGCACUUCGAUAGAUCGCGCAUCGGUGCGGCCGAGGUCGUGUCGUAGGCUGAUCGAGCGACGAGGGUGAAGGAACGCAACCUGUAAUGUAAGAGAAGAAGAGAGCCUAAGCGAGAAAUCGACAUUGUUGUUUCACCGAUCCUGUAAACGCGCGCGCUACUUAUGUUAAUACACGGUGUGGAUUUUACAUCGAUAUCAGUGCGAACUACUUUGCGGUUCACAGGGUACGUGUACAAGCGAAAUCGACAAAAGAGCAAAGUCCAUGAGACUUCGCAUUUCUUUCAGAUCGUCGAGUAACGUAAAAGUAAACGUACGCCGUUACGCGAAUGCGUUUUACAAUCGUCCUACGAACUGUCUCGUGUGUCGUGCAAAGUGCAUCGCCUCUGUGUGCUUUGUAUUACUAUCGCGAGACGUUGCGUACGUUUGUACAGAAUUGCACGUUUUGUUAAAUUGUGUAACCAGCUACUCUUGGUACUCCUGGUCUAAAAAGGAACAUCUCCGAGACUUUCGCCAACCACGUGAUCGGUUCAAUGUGAACUUGCUGAAAUAAAGCGAUAUAUAGAACAAAGGAUAGAUGAUAACCUUCUUGGAAGGAAGGCAUGGCAAGCUUGAUGGUAAAUACUUCUAGCAAGAACAGCUCGCGUAGUGGAUCUCCUAGUAGAGCGCCUUCGACAUCCCAACUACAUCAGCAGCCAUCAACAGUGAGCUUGGAUCAUACUUCGAGAUUGCGUAAUGUUUCAAUUUCUCAAGCAGGGGAGGGUAGCACAGGCAGUGGAAGUAGUGGCGGUGGUGGUGGUACAGGAAGUAGCUUCAGCAUGAAGAGCAGCAGUAGACAAAGAUCACCAGGGAAUUUAAUUCGCAUGGGAGAUGCUAUGGAUGAAUCAAGUAAUAUUACAAACACUGCCGAACCAGAGGAGUUUGUGCCAAAUAUUCAUCCACCGACUGAUGAUGAAGGAGAACAAUACCAUGCAACCCAAUCGUUCCUAUCGAAUGGUUCUUCUGAAUUGAUAGCCGAUGAUGUUGACUCUAGUGCAGCACGAGUUCGUCAAGCUAUUGAACAUAUACAAAGUAAAAUCGCUAAGACGCGAGAAUUGAUAAGAAUAGAACAAACCACGCGUGAUGAAAACGUCAAUGAAUAUUUAAAAUUGGCUGCUAAUGCAGACAAACAACAGUUAACUAGAAUUAAAACGGUAUUUGAGAAGAAGAAUCAAAAAUCGGCGCACAAUAUUUCACAGCUACAAAAAAAGUUAGAUAGUUAUAUGAAAAAAUUGAGAAAUUACGAAAUGAAUGGCGCACCCACGAGUCAUAGACAACCGAGAGAAAUGUUACGCGAUAUGGGACAAGGACUUAAACAUGUGGGAGGAAACAUAAGGGACGGAAUCACUGGUUUUUCAGGAACUGUAAUGUCUAAACCAAGAGAGUUUGCUCAUCUUAUUAAGAAUAAAUUUGGAAGUGCUGAUAACAUAAAUACUUUAUCACAUGGCUCGACUUUUUAUGUAAACGAUACACCGCAUGCAGGUAAUGGAGAUAACGCUAGCGUUGAAGAAGACAAAACUCAUCAUGGUUCAGCCACACUUCCUGGUGGAUGCAGUUUAGGAUCUACUCAAAGUGCAGCGGCUAUGAAAUUCCCGUCUGAGGAAGGAUCGGAAUGUUCUAGCGUGACCAGUGAAAGCGGUCCUGGUAGUAGAGGACAGCCACACGCUUGUCAUAGUAAUAAUGCAGCCUUGAGUCUCAAAUCUAUUUUCGCAGAACUACAAGAACAUCGGGAACAUAUUGACCAAAUGAGGGAAAAAUUAGAUAGUGUAAAGACAUUACAACAGGAAGUGACAUAUCUUUCCCAUUCCCUCCAAGAAGAACGUUUCAGAUGCGAACGUUUGGAAGAGCAGAUUAACGACUUAACAGAACUACAUCAAAACGAAGUAGAAAACUUGAAACAGACUAUUACAGAUAUGGAGGAAAAAGUGCAAUAUCAAAGCGAGGAUAGACUACGUGAUAUACACGAGAUGUUGGAGAGUUGUCAAACUAAGAUCUGUAAAAUGGAACAUCAGCAACAACAGCACCAGCAAUAUGUGACAUUAGAGGGUCUAGAUAAUAGCAAUGCGAGAGCAUUAGUUGUAAAAUUGAUAAAUGUAGUAUUAACUGUAUUGCAAGUUGUUUUGCUUCUUGUUGCAACGGGUGCUGGUAUUAUGAUGCCUUUCCUCAGAACUAGCUGUACUAAGCCUCAUUGUUUCAUGUGUAGGGUGCGUAUAUUAACAACUACACUCGUUGUGCUUGGCAUAGUGUUUGUGCUAAAGCAAUGGCCUGAGGUACAUGAUGUUGGUAGUCACCUCAUACGCCAUCUUAAGCAGACCCUUGCCAUGAAGUAGCAUUGAUGGAAUACUUAAAUUUAAUUUAAUUUUUCAUGAUGAAGCUGGGUUUGAUUGGAUAUACAUUUGAAACCUUGCAUCAAUUUAUCAAUGUUGUAACAUUGAAGCAAUAAUAGUAUGUAUAUAAGUAUGUAAAUAAGUUUAUUUGUAUCUUUGGUUGUUUAAAUUUUUUAUUAUAUUAUUAUUAUUGUUUUCAUAAAAUUAAGUAAUAUGUUAAUUUUAUUUUUGAUAUAAUUAACGUGUCAAUUUAAAUAAUUAUUUAAAUUGACACAAAGUUAUUUUGCUAUAAGAAAACGCGAUUUUUAUAAAUUAAUUUGUACAAAUUAUCAUUAAUUUAUAUUCACAUUUCGAUCUGAUAUUAGCUUCAAUUUUUCAUGAUUUAUUAGUAUGAUUUAUAUUACUACGAAUGACAUUAGAAAAUAAUUCAAAUAUAUAGUGUUAUAUAGUAUGACACUGCGUAGGUGUAUGUAUAUGUGAUACAUUAUUAUGAAAGUUCGAUUUCACCAAUUGGCAACAUAUCUCAUAUAUUUAUUUUUUGCUAAAUAGUUUGGAUAAAUAGUUAAAAAGUAGUGCAAAAGCAAUCAACUGAAAAAGUGUUGUUCAAGUGAUGCACAUCGGAACACUUUCUUCAAACUGCAUGAGAUGAUAGGUUCAAUGAUAAUUUAUUAAUGUAAAAACGAUUCGUUCAAAUUCUCUUGGAUGUAUAUGUCGAUAAAUGAAACGAAAUGAAGAAUUUGUAACAUCCCAAUCGUCCAAUUGCUAAACAAUAAUUGUAAAUUAAGGCAGAGCUCUUAUAUCACUAAAAAUAGCUGCUGUCCGGCAUUGUAUAAAGUAUAAACUAGUAUAUUGUAUAUUGUUUAUUUGUUAUUUGUAAGAUUCGAUAUAUAAAAAGAUAUAAAUUCUCUAGAAAAUGCAAGCUUUUUAAUCAUCAUUGUUGUGCAUUGCAUAAAAUAGCAUGUAAAUUGAGUCUUGAAUUCAAUGAAAGGGACAAUGAAAGAAAUUCUGCUGGAAGCUAUGUUAAAAGAUAUUAUGUUUAUGAAAAAUCAAAGUGAAUACGAAAUUUGGAUAUAAAUAACAAGUUUCACGUACAAUACGCGCAUGUGUUAUUAAAUCCAAAAAGAGGACCAACUGUCUCUUUCCUCUUAUACUACGAUACAAUUUACAUUACAUAUAUGUUAAAAUUGUGUAUAUGACAAUGAAAGAUGUAGGAGCGAUUUAUUAUUAUCCCAGUUAGCAGUUUAAUCAUCAAAAACAUAAAUCUGCAUGUUUAUUAUAAUGAGUAUAAAGAAUUGAACCAUGACAGUUAAUUGAAAUGAGAGAAAGACUGAAGGAUUACAAUGCUGUAGGAAUUAUGUUUAAUUUAACAUUGGCUUGAAUUUAAUAAUGUGCACUAUAAUUUUAAGUUUUUAAUAUCGAAGAAAGAAAUUCUUUAUAUAAAUUAAUAUUAUAUAAUGUGAGACAUACAAAUUUAUAGAAAUGCGCAAAAUAUUUGAUAUGUGGUAAAAACAAGAUAAGUUAAAAUCACAAAUAUUUAAAACAAAACUCAGCGUCUACUUUAUGCUUCUUCUGUGUACACUAUUACUAUUUAAUAACAGAGCAUAAAAUAUAUCUUUAUAUUCACUAUUUUAUAAUACUUUUCCAUUUUUUCACAAUUCUAUGUCUGAGAUAAUUCAUAUAUAAGCACUAUUAUUAAUAGAUACAAUCGCAAUACACAUUAAAAUUAAAUAACUAAACUAUUAUCGUGCGGUUUCUAUUUUGCACAUAUAAAUUUCAAUGUUUAUCCUUAUUUCAGGCUGUUAUGUGUUUGCUAAAUAAUAAUAUGUAUAUGUGUUUGCAGCUAAGUAAUAAUUCAAUAACUCACAAAUAUUCAACAUUUCGAUAUCUGUCCAUUUAAUAACAGCAAAUACAACAGCGCAAAGAAUUUCCUAUUCAGAAAAUAAUUCAAAAUAGCUACUUGUAUUGCAUAUAUAAAAGAAAUUUAGUGAUAUGUUUCAGUAUGUGUCGAAUAUUUUGAAUAUUGACAGUAUACAUUGCUAAAUGUUGUAUUAAUUUAUAAAUCUACAAUAAAACGAAAAAAAGAAUGAGAGUAUUUGGUAAAUGAACAGUAAUUCAGCAGAUAGAAAUUGAAAGUGUGAUGAAAUAACUUUAUGCUAGUGCAAAAAAAUUGCUAUUCAUUUUAUUCCUGAUCUCAAAGCAUAAGUGAAAAUUAACUGCAUAUUCAUCAAGUGUAUUUGUUGUUUUCGAAAUUAUCUAGCAAAUUUCUCGUGUAGCUUAGCAUUGAUUUGAACAAUUUAACAAUUGAUGUCAGGAAAAUGAUGUUUCAAUAUUUUUAAUAUUGUUUUUCAUGUUUCUCUAGAGAGUCUAGAGUAAAUAUUUCGGAUUUAUACAAAUUGCUGUGAUUAUGCUAGGUUUAUAUAUAAGCUUAAAAUUUAAGAUGCAGCUUUGGGAUCAAUAUAAUUACAAUUGGAAAAUAUUCCACAAAACAUACAUGCUGUAUAUAUACAGAAAUUUCGUAAAUACUGUUCAUUAUUUAUAUAUACAAUAAGUAUAAUAUUUACGACAAAUAAAGACGUAUUCAUUUAACCGAAUAUCUCAAUAUGUCAAUGUUUUUUUCGAUAUAUGAAAUAUAUGAAACUAAUUUUUAAAAUUGUAAAUAUUUAAUAUUACAAUCACAUAAGUAGCCAAAAUGUAUAGGGUGUUAAAAAUAUAUUAAGUUUUAUAUUAAAAUGUGACAAUGUUUGAACUGCAUUUUGUAUUGCCAUUUUAGCUUCUUUAAAGGAAAUGUAUUAGAAAAAAAAUAUUAAUUCCGCGUUCUAUAUAUUCGUUAGAUAAUACACAAAACACCCUAUAUGUUUGUAAUUUUAGAUCAUGGUGCUUUUGUAACAUAUAUAUUUAACACUAUUAGAGGAUUAGAGAAUUUAUCCAUACGAUUGACCACCGAUUUUUAAUGAGGGCCCCUGCACGCUUAUAAAAAUAUUUGAACGAUAUGUAGAAGAAAAAAACUAAAAGAUUAAAAUAUAUAAUAAAGAGAUAGUGCGCCAAUUCUCGAAAUUAUAAAGUUAUUAAACACACACACAACGACGAACGUAUUUUGUACUUUAUUGAACUAUCACAUAAGUUUACGUUUUUUUUACAUAAAGCUGUUUACAAUUUUAUAUGUAUUUUAUAUUUACGAAGCUCUACGGCACAACGUCAUACAAAUAUGUGUACCGUAUAAUUUGCGAUGUAAUUGGUAAUUAGCAUUAAAAAUAAUAAUUUAUCGUCGUUUAUAGCUUAGGGGCCCCCUAUAUGUAGAUAACUUAGACAACAGAACUAUUAAAUAAAUUAUGUCAUCGAUGCCUUGCAUAGGUAGAUAGUUAAUGUCAAAUUAUAGAAUAAAUAUUUGUUGUCAAUUGUAGAACGGUAAUAGGCAAAGCCAGCAGCAGUUAUUGUACAGAUUGUUACAUUCAUUAUGCAUAUAUAUAUAUAUUCAAAAAUAGCUGCGUUCGCAACUCAAGAGAUAAUAAAAAGAAUAUUUCAGAAACUUUCUGAAUAUAUACGUUAAAUUUAUAUCCAUUUUUCAAUACACCGGUAUUUCUAGACAUACUUUCUGGUACAUCGUGUGAUUGCUGCUGGUAGUCUAACCGAAAUGGAUCGAGCGGUUGCUCUAUGAUUCACAUUAUUUCGUACUGUCAAAAUAAAACGAAUUUUUAGUAAAAUAA